CGUUACGUCGGCUUUUUAUUGUCAUUUCCCAAUUCCCUGAGCACCACCACUGAUCUACCCCAACCCGCAUCUCCGGUGGUCGUUUAGCCGGUCGGGACCUCCAAACCCUCUGAGAUUCUUAACGCUAAAUGGUUCCCUAGCGCAGAUCUAUCGCACUUAUUCCAUUUUCGGAUUCGACUGCAGACUCGCCUCUUCUGUAAUGGCUGCGCCGAACACGGACCAAUUUGAGGCGUAUUUCCAGAAGGCGGAUUUGGAUCGUGACGGCCGAAUCAGUGGCGCAGAGGCUGUUGCCUUCUUCCAGGGAUCCAAUUUGCGCAAAGAAGUCCUUGCUCAGAUUUGGGCGCAUGCUGAUCAAAACCAGACUGGGUUUCUGAGUCGUCCACAAUUUUACAAUGCUCUAAAACUUGUAACUGUUGCACAAAGUAAACGGGAGUUGACCCCUGACAUAGUUAAGGCUGCCUUAUACGGUCCAGCUUCAGCUAAAAUUCCUGCUCCCCAGAUAAAUGUCACAGUUUCAUCACGUCCUAACCCAAAUAAUAAGCCAGAUGCUCCUAUCCCCCCAAUUACUAGUGCAGCACCCAUGGUGACUCCUAAUGGUGGCAUAACAGGUUCACAGGGAUUUCCAUCUCAACAAAACCAAUUAAUGAGUCAACCUCGAUUGCCAACUCCUAGCACCGCAUUUCAAUCGCAAUCAGGCAUUUCAACUCCAGGAGUGUCGGUGGGAUCUUCAAUGCCUGCUACGCUUGCUCCUAAUUCCUCUGAUUGGCUUCGUAUUGGAGCUAUACGUCCCCAACAAGGGGUUGUGUCCCAAAUUCCUAACAGAACUGUUAGUUUUAACAGUCAGGAUGUAAUUGGCCAUGCUGCAUCUGGGUUGACUGCAUCUUCACCAUCAAAACCUCUAGAAACUACUUCAUUGGGGCAGCCUAGUUCAUCUAGCUCAAAUGAUUCAACUUCGGCGGGUUACCAACCUCCAGAUAUGAAAUCCAUGAAAGCUCAAGUGUCAGGGAAUGGGAUUGCUUCCAAUUCUCUUUUUGGAGACGUAUUUUCUGCACCCUUGGUCCGGCCACAACAGGAAUUCAAGCAACCCACACCUUCCGUUAGUAGCUUACCUUCCUCUUUAGCUCAACCCCCAGUAUCUGCAACAUCUCAACCAAUUAUAAUGCCUACUUCAGUUCAUUCUUCGGGAAACACCAAUUCUCAGCCUUUAUUGAGCCAUCAGUACCAGCAAACACAUACAACAACAAAACCAAACCAAAAGCUCCCAGUUCAAAGUUCCACUGUAGUUCAUGGUGGAGCAGGAAGUUCUCGUCCUGUUGAGCCUCAGACGCCAUGGUCAAAGAUGACUCAAGCUGAUAUUCAGAAGUAUAACAAAGUAUUUGUUGCUGUAGAUACAGACAGAGAUGGGAAAAUUACUGGUGAACAGGCACGGAACCUGUUUUUGAGUUGGAAGCUGCCUCAAGAUGUCUUAAGGCAGGUAUGGGACUUAUCUGAUCAAGACAAUGAUAGUAUGCUAUCUCUGAGAGAAUUUUGCAUCGCGCUUUACCUGAUGGAGCGAUAUAGGGAAGGCCGCCUUCUUCCUUCUGUCCUUCCAAGUAGUAUCAUGUUGGACGAGACAUUGGUGUUUGCUUCUAAUAAAGUUACUCCUGGAGCAGCUUGGAAGCAUACUCCUGUAGUGCAGCAAUUGCAUGGGGUAAAAGGACCACGACCAGUUGCAUCCGCUCCUCUAGGAAAGCCACCACGUCCAGUCUCCAAUAGUCAGGCUGAUGAGCCAAAGCAGCCUACUCAACAAAAGCCCCCACUACUGGAGAAGCAUCUUGUCGACCAACUUAGCCCUGAAGAACAAAAUUCUCUGACCUUAAAGUUCCAAGAGGCAACCGAUGCGGAGAAGAAAGUUGCAGAACUAGAGAAGGAAAUUUCGGACGCAAAAGAAAAAAGUCAUUUCUAUCAUUCAAAGAUGCAAGAACUUAUUUUAUAUAAAAGCCGAUGUGACAAUAGACUAAACGAGAUCACUGAAAGGUCUUCUGCUGUCAAAAAAGAGGCUGAGUCACUGGAAAAAAAAUAUGAAGAGAAAUAUAAGCAGUCUGGAGAUGUUGCUUCAAAAUUAACGAUUGAGGAGGCCACAUUUCGUGAUAUUCAGGAGAAAAAGAUGGAGCUAUACCGUGCAAUUCAUAAACUAGAUCAGAAUGACAGUGCUGAUGGUGUUCAGGAAAAUUCUAAUCGCAUACAGUUGGAAAUUGAGGAGCUUGUUAAGUCAUUAAAUGCACGCUGCAAAACAUAUGGGCUACGUGCUAAGCCCACUUCACUAUUGGAGCUUCCAUUUGGUUGGCAACCUGGCAUCCAAGAGGGAGCAGCAGACUGGGAUGAAGAUUGGGAUAAAUUUGAAGAUGAAGGAUUCACAUUGGUGAAAGAGCUCACACUCGACGUGCCAAAUGUCAUAGCUCCUCCUAAACUGAAGUCUUCUGUGAUAUGUGAUAAGACACAUUCCAAUUACAGUGAAGCGGGAAAAUCACACUAUCAAGCUGGUGCAAAGUCCGAGAAGUUGUCAAGCCCUCAGAAAAUGGAAGCAAUGGACGACGAGGAAUCUGCCUUUGGUGGUGAGCAAAGAGGGGAAAAAAGUCCAUCAAAGAGCAUACACACAAAGGACUCCUCAAGGGAAUACAGUGAAUCACCUACAAAGGAAAAAAGCUUUGAUGGUUCACCCCAUGCGACGCAAAGUGAACAUGGCGGUGUUGAAUCUGUGUUGUCUGAGGAUAGAAGGUUUGCUGAUUCAGGCUGGGGUGCGUCUGACACUCACUAUGAUGCAUUUGAUAUCAACUCCAUUUCUAGCAAGGAUGCUGAUCAUGAGAGGCAUAAGGAACUCUCUCUUUUUGGUUCUGAUGACUGGAGCCUAGCCCCUAUAAAAACUGGAUCCAAACACACAGAUGAUGCACUCCCCAAGCACAGCCCAUAUUUUGAUUCGGUUCCAGGCACUCCAAGUUACAAUAUUGGCCCAUUGGGUAAACAAAGCCCAAUCUUUGAUUCAGUUCCUAGUACUCCAAGUUACAAUAUUGGACUUAUGGGUGCCGGCGAUCCUUUCCCACGACAAAGUCCAUUUUUUGAUUCGGUCCCUAGCACUCCAAGUUACAACAUCGGGCCUUUGGGUGCAGGUGAUCUGUUUCCAAAACAAAGCCCGUUCUUUGAUUCAGUCCCCAGUACUCCAAGUCAUGAUUCUGGAAUACAACAUGCAUUCUCGAAGCAAAGUGUGUUCUUUGAUUCUGUUCCUAGUACUCCAACGUAUAAUGCUGCCGGGUUUUCUUCAUACACAGAAAAUCCAUCCUCAAAGAAGAGCUCUUUCUUUGAUGAUUCUGUUCCAAGCACACCCAUGUACAGUUAUAAUAAUUCUCCAGACCGCUCGAGAGACUUCUCUAGAUUUGACUCCUUCAAAUCUGAAGGACCAGCCUUCGCGAGGUUUGAUUCCAUGAGUAGUAGUAGGGGGGACACAGACUACUAUGGACAUGAUUUGUUCUCAUCAUCACGUGAUAGUCCUUCCCUAGCAAGGUUCGACUCCUUCCGCAGCACAGCAGAUUCUGAAUAUACCUUUGGCGCCGCACCUCAAGAGACACUGGCCAGGUUUGAUUCGACCAUGCAUAGGGACUCAUUGGAUUACGGUAAGGGGGGUGGAUUCUCAUCCUUUGAUGAUGAUGCAUUUGGAUCGACCGGGCAGCCAUUUAAAGCUUCUCUCGAUAGUGAAACACCAAGAAGAGAUUCUUCUGAUGGUUGGAAAGCCUUUUAAUGCACAACCAAUACCAUUGAUACCAAUCUCUGUCUUCUGGGUUACUUGUAGCUAGCCAACAGGUGUUUUGUAAAUUGGCUCGCAGGCAUUUGUGUAAUGUUUUACAGAUUUGGGGUUUCUUCCCUGUUUCCUACACCUGUAUUCUUUUCCCUCUGUUUUCCAUAUUCAUUUCUUUAAUAGUUUUCAUAGUUUGUAUAAAACGAAAAUAUGUUUUUUUUUGCGCUUUCGUUUCUCUACAGCAGUGUAAUCUGUGUGCAGUCCCAAACUUUUAUAUCCCAUGAUUGAUUGAGAUGCCAUUU